CUUUCAGGUAUCUCACAACAUUGCCGACCGUCACAGGUUCGAUUGAUCAAGAUGCCGCCAAAGAGAACUCCAAACUGUUCUCCUCCCAAAACCACCACAGCAAAAGCAGCAUCAAAGAAGAAACCUCCUCCACUCCCACCACCAAAGCCAGCCAAGACACGACGAGCACCUUCACGCUCACCUUCAGAUCCUAUUCCAGAAUGGGACAAAGGGAUAUCCUCGCUCGCAGCUCGCGAACGAAAGCGCUUCAAGCUGUCCCGUGCAUCUUUGCACGAAGAACUUGAUCAAGACUACAUUGCAAAGCAGGCAGAGAAGCUCAUGGGGGAGAGCAAGAACAGUUGGGGAGUCCCAGAGGAGAGCCCAAUCAAGGCCAGCAGGCGUCCAAAGCAGAAGUCUCGUGUUCUCAAGAGGGGCAGGAAUGAGGAGGAGGAUGCUUAUAUGGCGAUGUUCAGAAGCAUGAUCCCGCAGCGACGAGAGGCGAUACCCAACGACCUAGCAAAGACGCCAUUUCUGAGAGUACCAUUGGAGGUUCGGGAGAGUAUUUACUCACACUUGUUGAUCUACCCAUCUCCUAUUAUGGUCAAGUCCAACUGGACGGCUAUGGAGAGAAACGUCUUUGUUCGUCAUGGUCAUGCUAUUAUUUUGGUAUGCAAACAACUCGCAUUCGAGGCAUCGAGCUUUCUCUUCCGCAACAACACCUUCCAAUCUCUCGUCCGUGAGCCCCAUAUGAAUUUUCCACUUCGCUUCGAAGAACCAGCCAGCCUUCCAACGUCCUUUCACUCCCUCUUCCGAAACAUCAUCAUCGACUGUUCCAAGCCUUGCUGGAAUCUUGAAUGGUACGAAAAGGCUACCGAAGGACUCGCUACUCUCACCAAAGCAAGUCCCACCAUCGAUAAAUUGACCUUGCUUGUUGUCCCACAACGAGUGGGGAUGUCACACACUGCACUGGGCAUGGAAGUCAGUCCUGUCACUUUCGCAGACUUCAUGUGGUAUCCAGGUGCAUUCAUGAAAGCAGUCCGGGCACUGGCUCCGAAGACGUUUAAGAUCGUGGUCAAAAAACCUGGUAAGAAGAAAUUGGGCAUUGAAAUCGAUUUGACCUAUCUUCGAGUCGGCACAGUGGAGGACAAUCAACUUGCCAAUGAGGAAACGUUGAGACUCAGGGAAAUACGGGCGAGAGCUAUGAAUGAUGAGUUGAGAACUUUGAAAGAAAGAUUCGAGGAGGUGUUUGAGGAUGACGAUUGGGCUGUUCGAGAGGGAAAGUGCAUGUUGAUUUCUGCUGGUAAUGGAAGGAGAGGCCAGAACGAUCUCCAAGGUUUAGCAGGUUUUGGGGGAAGCGCUUCAGGAGUUUCUGAUACUACUGCACGUCACACUUCGAGGGAGAGGAGUGAGUCCGAGGAGAGAUGGGCUUAUUGACCCCCAAAAUGCAAGGUGCCGACUACAUGGUUGGUGGCAGAUGGAUUCUGAAUUUGUUUUCCGAGAAUGCCGUUUC